AUGAACAGCGUCACCCCCAAUUCCCUCGCCGGCCUGUCUCUCUCGAUAUUCUCCGACCUUCUCGCAAACAUCACGCACGACAUUGCCCUGCAAUCCCACCGCUCCGAGAAGCUCCUCCGUACGAAGCAGCAGCAUCUGCACCCGCCCACCACCGACGGCUCCCCGCCGCCCGCCGCAACCGCAAACCCGCUCGCGGUCGUCCCGGCCGAGAUAAUAUGCUCGCGCUGCCACCUGCCGCAGCACACCGCGCACACGCUCGAGACCACCACCGCCGCCGCGCAAAAGAAAAAGUUCUGCCCGCGCCUCCCCUUCCAGGACGCGCCCUUCCACGACAUCUACGGCAACCCCUUCCCCACCGUCAAGGAGAACGCCGCCAACAAGAAGGGCGACAGCAACAAGUCUGCCGACUCGCCCGCCGAGGAUGGCGCCGCUGCCGUCGCCAUCGCGCCCGGGAACGGAAAGAAGGGCGCCGCGGUCUACUUCAAGUGCCCCUGCUGCGACAAGGAGAAGGUGCCGCCGAAUCGCUUUGCAAAGCAUCUUGAAAAAUGCCUGGGCCUCGGCCGAAAGAGCUCCCGCGCGGCAAUGGCGAAGAUGAAUAACAGCAACUCGGGAAGCGGCGCCGGGAGCCCCAUGCUUAGCGCCGCGGACGCCACCACCGCUCAGGGCAGCAAGACGGCGAGUCGCAAGGCUAGCCCAGAGAAGAAGAGCAAGAGCCCCGUCCCGCUCGAGGAGGUGGCGGUCCCGCCGCCACCGGCGACGCCGGUGAUAUCGUCAAAACCGAUCUUUGCGGCGUCGGUGACGGAGAUGGCUGCUGGCAGCGGCGUGCCCACGCCAAAGAAGAAAAAGAAGAAGGCUACUGCCGCCGCCGCAGCUUUAAAGGUGGGAUCGGUGCCGCCGGAAGAGGAUAAGGGGUUGUUGGCGAUGCCGGAGACGCCCACGAAGCCGAUUGAUGUGCCGUCGUUGACGCCGCUGCCACCACCGAUACUGGCCAAGGAGCCGACGACGCAGAAGAAGCGGAAGCGGAAGGCGGAGACUUUGGCCGCUAAGGUAGAGGCGGCGGCGACAGCGGUCGGGGAGGAGAGUAGGGAGGCUAUCACACUGCAAUUGUCGAAGGCGCCGCCGCUGAAGAAGCAGAAGCUGGCGCUGGGAGGGGGGGAGAAGUCGACCACGUUGGACAGCCCGAAGAAGAGCCAGCUGAGCAAGUUCAAGAACCGCGCAAAUAGCCCGAGUCCUGGUGGGACGAGCAGUAAGAAGGGAGAGACAAUUAGGAAAUCCUCACCCGCACCCCACGCAUCGCCACCAACAACACACAAGUCGCUCCCCCCCAAACCGCCCACACCACUCACAGGUCCGCUCUCCGCAGCCCCCAUGGUCACCUCCUCGUCGAGCCAGGGCGCAACGCCAAAGCAGCGGAAACCAAAACUCGGAACUGGCGGAUCGGGCAAGAAAGCCGCCGCAAACUCAACUGCUCCAACAACAACAGUUACUACUGGCGACGGUGGUGGUGGUGGUGGGACCGUGGUGAAAAAGGUCACAAAGCCGAAGAUUAAGAAGGUUGUGGGCGGCGUGGCGGGCAAGACGGUGCCGGUGCCGAGGGUUGCGGGGAAAACGGUGCCUGUGCCAGGUGUUGCGAGGAAGGGGCCGAAGGAGUAG